AUGGUCAUCGUGCCCGAGCGCAAGACCGACGCGCCCCUGCGCGUGCCCAUCUCCGGCGCCUACAAGAUCAAGGGUGUGGGUGACGUGCUGGCCGGCCGCGUGGAGCAGGGCGUUGUCAAGCCUGGUGAUGAGGUGAUCUUCCUGCCCACCCACACCACCGCCAACCCCUGCGUGGGCAAGGUGUUCACUGUGGAGAUGCACCACAAGCGCGUGGACAAGGCGGGGCCGGGCGACAACGUCGGAAUGAACAUCAAGGUGGGGGCGGGGCGUGGCGCGGCGCGGCGCGGCGAAGGGCGCGCGGCGCAGCGCUGUGGAGCCGUUCCGAGGAUGGGCGGGGUGCUGGUGAUCCUGGGGCAGCCGACUGGCCUGGCGGGAGGGGAGGAUGGCCUGGACAAGGGCAACAUGCCCCGCACCGGCGACGUGAUGAUCCUCAAGUCCGACCAGACCCUCAAGCCCUGCAAGGACUUCACCGCCCAGAUCCAGACCCUGGACAUCCCCGGGGAGGUCAAGGCCGGGUACAGCCCCAUCGGCUUUGUGCGGUGCGGCCGCUCCGCCUGCAAGAUCACCAAGAUCAGCUGGAAGGUCGGCAAGGAGACCGGCGGCAAGAAGCUGGACGCCCCCCACGCCCUCAAGGCCAAUGAGAUGGCGGAGGUCGUCUUCGAGCCCUGCCAGCCCCUGGCGGGGCAGGCAAGGGCGCGGCCGCGGGGCGCGCGAGCGGCUUGA